AUGCCCGCCCCGAAGCCAGGAAAGGACGGCCGACUUUACGACGCGCUCAAGGAUUUGGCCCCGCUCUGCGCCUUUUGGGGGGCGCUGUUGGAGUAUUUUCCCGAGCGCGUUCGCGUUUUCACCGCGCCCUACGGCGAUGUGCGCGUCGAGGUCGACCUCCCUCGCACCCACGAGUGCGUUUUAGCCGCCACCUCCGCGAGCGCAGGGGAGUUCGAAUACCCCUCCCUUCCGGUGUUAUUCGAGGAUGAGGAGUUAAUCGUGGUGGAUAAACCGGCGGGGCUCGCGACCUCACGGCAUGCGUUGAGCUGCACCGCGGCAGGGGAAGGGGGCGAGCGCGUCGUGGACGUCCUCUCCCUGCUUCUGCGCGCCCGCGGCGAGGACUUCGGGAAGGGGUUCCGGCAAGGGCAGGUUCACCGCCUGGAUACGGAGACGAGCGGCUGUUUGAUACUCGCCAAGACGCCGACGGCGGCGAGUUCGCUGCGGUAUCAAAUGGGCAGCGCCGCCGCGUUUGACGAGCGGCAUAAACGCUACCUCGCGCUCUGCGUGGUGGUGGAACCCCAACUCACCCGCCUGCCGCUCCAUGGGGAGCUGCGGGAUCGAUCGGAUGCUAAAAUACGAACCCGUUAUCGGAUUGUGAAGUUCUUCCCGUCCUCUAGAGUGGCUUUGGUCGAGUGCCGGAUUGAGCAGGGCAAAAAACAUCAAAUUCGUCGUCAUCUCGCCAGUGCGGGGAUGCCAAUCGUGGGGGAUUUGGUGCAUGGGGGCGCGGCUUGUAUACGGCCCUUUAUCAACCGCGUAGCGCUGCACGCGCGAUCGAUCAGCUUUGUGCAUCCGAGAACGGCUGAAAAAGUCUGCGUGGCGGCCCCUUUGCCGGAUGACUUUCAGCGAGCCUUGCAGAUUCUAUCCGGUUGA